GAUCCACUUCUUUGUUCUUGUUGAUUUCGGUGGUCUCUACAAAGUUUGAUAUUUAUAGAAACAAACCCUCAACACAUACAUGGAAUUGCAAUUAUCUGAACCUUUCAAAAUGAAAAAAAAAAGAAGUUGUGCAGCAUUUUUGAGUAACGUCAUAUAGUACUCAAGCACCAAUCAGCAGCUGACUGAUUUCACCUGUGUUCCUGUGAAGGCGUUUGAAAGUCCUUGUAGGACACAAUACAGUUGACCAAUGGGAAAUGUGCCUGCUCUCUGGAGGACUGCAGCACACUGCUGGUGGUUGAAGUGUUGCUGAACAGGAAGUUGCUGAGUAGAAUUGAGAGAACUUCAACAGACAUGAGGGUCUUUUAUCAGACUCUAGUCUUGCUUUUCUCAGCAGGCUUAUGCUCACUCGAGAAAGUUCCAGGUCACACAUUUGUGAACAAACCAAUCCCAGGAACUCUACAGAAUGUCAGUAAAAAUGACACUGGAGUAAAGCAGGCCGUCCUGACUGGAACCUACUCAUUUAAUAAUAAAUCCAACGACGCUUUUCUGUUCAAACCAUCAGCUGUUGAUGACGCAAAGAGACAGAUAGUCAAAGGCAUCCGCUAUAUUCUGGAAGUUGAGAUCUCACGGACCGUGUGCAGAAAAAGGGACAACACUGAUGACCUUAACAACUGUCACUUCCAGACAGACAGUCUGUUACGACAGACAUUCCUCUGUCACUUUGAAGUGUGGUCCAUUCCGUGGAUGAAGACGAUGUCAACCACAUUUUUUAAAUGUCGUUCAAAUGAUACAUUCUGAAACCUUUUCCAUCAAAUUGUCUUUCAGUGGCUCCAUCUGAAAUUGCAAGCUAAUUUAAACCCAAACUGAAUGUCAAAAUAAAAUAAGCCGCAGUGAAUAGUGCAGUGACUGGAUAUCAUGUACAGUGACCUUCAGUUCAUCAAAUACUGAGCUUGUGUUGACUCUGAGUGUAAAUUAUUCAGCGAGGUUCUCUGAUGUGCAGAGGCAGUUUAACGCACCUACAGUAGAUCAGGGGCCAUCGCUUCAAUCUCUGAGCUCCCUGGCCACUUUCCUUUGAGCCACAGUGCAAACUGACACUAGAAAGACAGCGGCACUGAUCAAACACACAUCUAUUGGGUUUGUAUGUACAGAUUUAUUGAUUUUUACUACGUGUUAUUGGAAAUGUGCAUGACAUACUUGUCUAAAUUCAUAACUCCAUAUGGCCAUUAGGUGGGUACAAGCAUCCAAUGAGACAGUGGUUCUAAACUGGAUUUGUUUCAGUAGGCAGA